AAAGAUGGCUCCUAUUCAAUACGUUUAACGUCGUAUAUCGAUAAUGCCUCAACGGCUUCUCUUUAUUUUGUUCCCAUAAGGAGAAAACUAAAACCAAACCACCAUAUUCCAAUAGGUCGUUAUACCGAAAGAAAUAAAGAUGCCUUACUAGCAAAUGCAAACUCUUCUGCUUCAAUAGUAUUCAAAUCAAAAGUCGUGUCAAGAACCCACGCUCAGCUUCUCGUAGAUGACCUUGGUAACUGGUUUAUAAAAGAUCUAAAAUCAUCCUCAGGAACCUUUCUCAAUAGAAGAAGACUAUCCUCUCCAAAUGAAGAAAGUAUCAGUUUUCAACUUCACGAUGGCGAUUUAUUACAGUUGGGUAUGGACUACAGAGGCGGUUCCGAAGAAAUUUAUCGCUGUGUCAAAAUUAGAAUCGAAUUAAAUAAAUCCUGGAAACUAAAAUCCUCAAAUUUCAAUAAGAAAGCCCAUGAAAAAUUGAAAAUCUUAAACCAUCCUCUAUCAAAUAACAUGAAACAAAGCAAUGGCGUAAAAAGUGUCAACACCAACAAAAUGGAAACCAAUGAUUACACUGAAUGUGCCAUAUGUUUAUACGACUGCAAACCCUGUCAAGCCAUUUUUAUUGCCGCCUGUUCUCAUUGCUGGCAUUACAAAUGUAUUCGAAGAAUCAUUUUGAAUAACUAUCCUCAGUUUCUAUGUCCAAAUUGCAGAUCGGUGACUGAUUUGGAAAGUAAUGUUGAUGACGAUGAU